AUGUCUAACGAGAAGGGGGCUCCUGGCGAGUCGCCCAUGAGCCGAAAGAUCCCAUAUUGGCGCAUGGUUAUAGAUCAGGGGGCCGUGACCCAGGAAGUCAUCGAUCAUCCGUAUCCCGGUUCAGGAACUGAAGAGGAUCCAUAUGCUGUCACCUGGCUCCCUAAUGAUCCAAGGAAUCCUAUGCAGUUCGCCAAUAGCACCAAAUGGUUCAUUACUAUGCUUGCUGCUAUUUCGACCCUGGCCGUUGCGCUAGUUUCAUCAGCCUAUACCGGUGGUGUGGCUCAGAUCAGACAACAAUUCCACGUCGGCACCGAAGUUUCUACUCUGGGUGUUUCGCUUUUCGUCCUUGGUUUCGCCAUCGGACCUCUGCUCUGGGCUCCUCUGAGUGAAAUGUUCGGCCGUCAGAUCAUUUUCUUUGUCACUUAUCUCGCUUUGACUGCCUUCAACUGUGGAAGUGCUGGCGCCCAGAACAUCCAGACUCUGAUCAUUCUUCGAUUUUUCGCCGGAUCGUUUGGCUCCUCCCCCCUUACCAAUGCGGGAGGUGUCAUUGCCGACAUGUUCUCUGCUAAAGAGAGAGGUGUUGCGACGAGUCUUUUUGCGGCUGCUCCAUUUCUGGGCCCCGUCCUCGGCCCUAUCAUCGGAGGUUUCCUUGGAAUGAACGCCGGAUGGAGAUGGGUGAUGGGUUUCUUGGGAGCCUUUUCUGGCUUUGUUUGGAUCGUGGCCUCCCUGCUCACACCCGAAACAUAUGCACCGGUUCUUCUUCGUCGCCGCGCCGAGAGACUGUCUAAGAUUACCGGCAAGGUUUAUCGCAGCAAAUUGGACAUCGACCAGGGCAAGGUCAGCCUCAAGCAAGCGUUCGGCACCGCAUUGUCGCGUCCCUGGAUUCUACUCUUCCGGGAGCCUAUUGUGUUCUUGCUGUCUCUGUACAUGGCUAUCGUGUAUGGCACCUUGUAUAUGCUCUUCGCUGCCUACCCAAUUGUGUUUCAAGGGGUCCGUGGUUGGAACCAGGGUGUUGGCAGUCUUCCAUUCCUUGGUAUUAUGAUCGGAAUGCUGGCUGCUGUGGCCUACAGCAUUAUCGACAACAAGCGAUACGUCAAGACCGACGAAAAACACGGAGGAUUUGCUCCUCCCGAAGCACGUCUCCCACCAUGCAUGGUCGCCUCUCUCGCUAUUCCCAUCGGUCUGUUCUGGUUUGCAUGGACGAACUACCCAUCUAUCCACUGGAUGGCCUGCGUCGCGGCAGGAGCCCCCUUCGGUUUUGGAAUGGUCCUGGUGUUCCUGAGUAUCCUGACCUACCUCAUUGACACAUAUACCAUCUUUGCUGCGUCUGUCUUGGCAGCAAACUCGGUUCUGCGAUCGAUUUUUGGUGCCGUCUUCCCGCUUUUCACGACCUAUAUGUACAGUGACCUUGGCAUUCACUGGGCUUCCACCAUUCCUGCCUUCCUGGCUCUUGCAUGUGUACCGUUCCCGUUCCUAUUCUAUAUUUACGGACCUAAGAUCCGCUUGCGCUGCAAGUACGCAGCCGAAUCCGAUGCCUUUAUGCGCAAGAUGGCGCAGCAAAUUAAACAACAGCAGGGUGAGCCUGAAGACAAGGAACUUGAGCCGGCCUAUGACCGCACGGAAGCGCCUGGUGUUGAGGUUUCCGAUAGUAGUGACGAUGAAAGCGGCUCGCAUGUUGGCGAGCUGCCGCCGGUGCAACAAGUUCGCACUAAAUCAUCGGUUCGAACCGCCGGUUCUGCACGUCAGUCGAUCUAUGACGGGAACCCGUACGAUAUUGACCGCGUUCAUACUCGCGAGUCCUUCAAAUGA